AUGGACCUCUCACGGCAAGAGUACCCGAUGCUACUGGCCACCCUGCAUCCCGGCCAAGCUACGACUGUUCUGAGCGAUCGCAUCCGAGUAAUCAACAAGAUCAAUGCGGACAUCGCGGAUUACCUACAGGAACGACGUCGUGUUGAAGAAACAUACGCCCAAGGCCUGCGGAAGCUGGCGCAUCGACCGCAGCUAGACAAUGGAGCUGCUCUUGGCAUCUUCCAGAUCCCCUGGCAACGCAUCAUCAAUGCCACAGAAGCGCUCGCCGUGUCUCACGAGACUCUUGCCAACAAGAUCGAGGAGGAUGUUGAGCGACCGCUGAGAGAAUUUAGCACUAAGAACCGCGACAUGCAGUCGAUGCCCAGUAUUCAGAGCAAUCUGGCGGGGUUGGCCAAGAAUGUGGAGAAUGCGCAGAAGAAGGUGGACAAGGCCAGGGCUAAGGGCGCCAAGGGCGCAGACAAGCUGUCCAGCGAAAUUGCAAAUGCCGAGGAAGUCAACCAGCAGUGGGAAUCGCGGGCUCCUUUCGUUUUCGAGCAACUCCAGUCUGCCGACGAGACCCGGCUCAACCAUCUUCGGGACGUUCUGACGCAAUUGGAGACCCAUGAGGUGGACCAGGUUGAACGCGGUCGCCAGGCUGCCGAGAGUUGUCUAAACGUUCUUCUGAACGUCGAGACAGCAGAUGAGAUCAAGACCUUUGCCGCUAAGAUGGCGGGAACUCGGGUCCCUGUCUCGCCAGCCAUGUCCCGGAGACAGACAGAACGGACGGAGACGCCCUUUGCGCCUGAGCCGGGACCUGACCGAACAGCGACUGCGCCAAUGGAAGCUCCGAUAGCCACACCCCCGACAGGCGCACCUCUUUCGCCCCCUCCGCGCAUCCAGGAUGAUGCCGCGAGCCAGCGAUCAGAGGAGAGACAGGCUGUUGCUCAGACACCCCCAGCCCCAGUGCCAGAGGCACAACCGCGACACACCCCACUAGGAGGGCUGCGACGACUUGGAACGGUAAUGAACAGGCGAAAGAGUGUUGUUGGACCGUCUGCUGGAUCAUUCGAGCGGAAGGCAGACAAGAAGCGCAGUCCUUUCUCUCCUUUCAAGAGAGGCGACUCCGCCCGUGAUCUCCAAAUACCUGAGUCUCCUCCUUCAACAGCCAUUGACCGUCCAGGGACAUCUUUGACUGAAGAUGCAUCCCUGCGGAACUCCAGUGUGGACCACAGUGGAUUGGAUACUGCUGCACCUGGUGCAGUGGCAUUCUCAGAGUCCACCACCAAUGGAGCUUCUGCCGAACCUCACACAGAAUCCACCAACAACCAUGUCAACCAGCCACAGGUUGAUUCCGAGGGAUAUACUGAACGCCCUUCCACGAUUGACGAGAUUACGCGUGCCCACAACGAAGCAGCAGGUAUUGAGGAUUCUGGUCUGAACUUGACGAUUAGAGACCAGCCUAUCUUCGAGGACGAGAGCCAAGCACAGCAGGCUAUGAGUGAAGUGGCGAACACCCUCCGUUUGCAAGCUCAACAGACCGGAGGAAUCAGACGAAAUGCGGGCACUAUUCGCGGGCGCCGUGAUGUUCGCAACACUGUAUUUGUUCCUUCGCCAGGUAGCGAGCUGCCCCCAGCCCUGGGAGCGCCACAGUCCCAAGCACCAACCUCGCCAAUCAGACACAUAACGUCCCCCAGCAUUGCACCCAGCGUUACAGAUGAUCACACUGUUUCAGAUUCCACCUCUGUUCGUUCCGGGCACACUUUGCACGGCCCGGGAGCCUCCGUUCAUCCUGACCUCUACGAGGCAGGCUUGAAUGCCUCGAUUAUUGAAACCGUCAACGCAUGGUUCUCGGAGGGCAAUGUCACCAAGUCCUUUGUGGUUGGCGAGCUUGCUCUAGCAAACAACCCCACACCAGGUGGUGUGGCAGAGAAUGCGCGCAUUCGUCUGGAUAACUUCCAAGUGCUGGAGAAGGUAGCAGCAAACCCCAACUUCGUCCACGAGGCAGCCAAAGAGGCCGGUGACGACAAGAGAGGCGAAUACGACAUCCAACUAGGCAGCAUCUCCCGCCCCAUGCCAACAGUGGCAUUCAAGUACCAACUGCACCUGGACAAUCCCUCCGCCUAUUGCCCCGUCAUCUUCAAGCCAGCCUGGAACCUGGAAGAAUUCCAAGCCAGUGCCAUCAUCUUCUACUCGCUCAACCCAUCCUUCGUUUCACCCUCAGUCGAGUCAAUUUCCCUGAAGAACCUAGUCCUAACCGUCAACCUGGACACGGCCGCCGAAGACGAAACCACCAAGCAGCCACGCGAGUCAGUCGCGCACGCCACAAGCGCAGCCAUGUACCCCAACACCGGCGCUGUCUUCCGCCGCAAGACCUCAACCGUCACAUGGAGAAUCCCCGAGCUAGAAGUCAAGGCUCCCGGUACACCCGGCGCAGAUGGCAAGUUCCUUGUCCGUUUCUCGACGUCUACCAGCUGGCCUCGUAAGGGCACAGUCGAAGCCAAGUUCGAGCUGCGCACUACCGAGUCUGCCUCGAGACUGGGUAUCAGCCGCGCCGCCUCAGACGCGGAGCCAAAGGAAUCUGAUCCUUUCGCUGAUGAGGGCCGCGAAUCAUUGUCUCCCUCGGUUCCAUGGCAGGAUGUCCCGACUGCACGCAAGUUAGUCGGCGGUAAAUACGUCUCAUCCUAG